CAGGAAUAGCAGAGGAAUAUAAUAUACACGCCAAUGAGAGAGCUGCUGAUCACGGACGACUGCGACUAAAUCCUGACAUUGGCAGAAAAGCGCACCCACACAGGACGUAAACAAAGCGGGAUUAAUAGUGCAUAGUCAUAUAGCAGCAGAGCGUUUUUUUAGCGUGCGAGCGAGAAGGAAGGAAGGAAGCGGAGGAACAACAUUGUUUGGACGUCUGUGAAGCUGUACCUGGGUUUGAGUGCACUGCUGCCGCCCACCGUCCAGCUUCCUACCGCCAACCGCCGCCUCUCUUCCUACCCGCAGAUGCCACUUCCAAAAAACCUUGUACAUCGACUUCUCUAACCCUUCGCCGUACUAUAAUACCCCAAAUUGUUAAUUUUACUCUAAAAUACUCAAGAAAUCCAGAAAACUAACUAACAAACUAAUAAAAUAGUCCGCAUAGGUUCCUAGAGCGGGAUUUCAAACUACCGCCUCCAUGCUCACAUAUAUUACCGACCACACCCCCGGUCAUCACUUAAUGCGGACCCGCACCCGCCAGAUAGUACUGGUCAAAAUUACCAAGCCGGUAAAAGUCAUUACUUGGAGUUUUUGCUAAUUUUGGGUUUGUCGCAGUUUCCUACAGCGGGAUUUCAAACUACCGCCUCCAUGCUCACAUAUGUUAUCGACCGCAUCCCCGGUCAUCAUUUACUGCGGACCCGCACCCGCCAAAUCCCUCUGGUCAAAAUUACCAAGCCGGUAAAAGUCAUAAUUGGACUUUUUGCUAGUUUCGACUUUGUUGCCGUUUCCUACAAGUCGUCCAAGAUGAAAUUUUCCAAAGCAGACAUGAACAAAGCUCAUAAUAAUACGGUAUCCUUCUGCGAAAAAGAGUUUUGGACGGCGUUUCUGCGAGAAGAAAGGGUGCCACACGAACUCUGUCGAGGAUUUUUCCUCAAAAUGGCAGAGUUUCGUGAAGAGACGAACCCUCCGAAAAGACGUCGAGCGGCACAAGAAAUUGUGUCCGAGCAUGUCCCAUUAUAUGCAACCACCUAUGACCCCCACGCCCAAACCCAGGACACACAAGCUGAAAACGCCCCCCACGCCCAAACUGAGGAGACACAAGCUGAAGACGUCCCCCACGCCCAAACCGAGGACACACAAGCUGAAAACGCCCCCCACGCCCAAACUGAGGAGACACAAGCUGAAGACGUCCCCCACGCCCAAACCGAGGACACACAAGCUGAAAACGCCCCCCACGCCCAAACUGAGGAGACACAAGCUGAAGACGUCCCCCACGCCCAAACCGAGGACACACAAGCUGACCAAGUAGAAUUUGUCCACGUCGUCGUUCUUGAAGACGAACCCAUCGCUCACGAUGGACAAAUCUUCGUAAACCAAGCCGACCUCGUUAGCGAACUUGGAAUUGAGCAACGCCAAGCUGAUGACGCCCCCCACGCUCACACAGAGAACAUACAAGUUGAUCUAGUACAACUUAUCACAACCGCGCUACUGGAGCAUGUCGGCGUCGCCCAAGAUGAGCAAAUCCUCGUAACCCAAACCGAACCUGUUCAAACAGAACACGCCCACAAAGACCUACCUGAAGAAAGCUUUGGCGCACAAGCUGAGGGUCUCCAGGACGUCCAAGCAGAGCACGCCCGUAUAGUAUUAAAUAAGAGCCCCGUGGUUCAUAGACCCUUUCAUCCAGAACAUGGCACGGCAAGGAGAUUAACCAGAAGAAGCCCAAAGCCUUCGAAGCGCUAUCCAACAGCAGAAUACUACGUGCCACGAAAGACAAGAAGCGUAAAAGAAAGCUGGUGCAACUGCGGAGUUCGUGGGGACGACCACUUGCCAGCGGUAGAAUGUGAUGGAUGUGGUAAGUGGUAUCAUUACCAAAAGGACGGAGUCGGAAAAAAUCAUUGCGACUACAAAGAGUCCAAUGAGUGGUAUUGUCUGGAAUGUCGGGAUGCAGCAGAAACUGAUAAAAAUGACAGUAUUGAAAAAGAUGGGAACGACGACCUGGAUUCUGAAAACGGAGAUCAAAAUGACGGCAACGACGACGUACAGAAGUUUGAUGAUGACACAUAUACCGAAAAACACGACGGACCUGAGAAUGAUGCAAAUGGAGGUUCCGAGGCGGAUAUGCAAAAUAACGAGGAAGACGCACAAGAAACCUCACACCAGUUCGAUCACCAGACAUGGUCAGCCGACGAAAAUGAAACCGUACGAGUUCACGCACCUUUAGCUGAUGUACAACUCGAUGUGGACACAGUUUGUACUGUCCUUGGCAUUUCUCAGGAAGAACUGAAUUAUAUUCCGCCUAAAAAAAUGACAGUUAUAUUUUCCCCAAACGAAGCUUCCAAAUUUUUUGACUACAAAACCUCAAAAUUUGUAGAAAACAAGAUUCGUGGGGACGUUAUUUCGCAGAAACUUCGGGAAGCUGGCAUCCUUUGCCGUUUUAAGAAUAGGCGGGAGCCCUAUUAUUAUUCGGAAAGGAAAAAAGAUCAGCCAUUCGCUCGACAGGAAGGAUACUGCUCAUGUGGAAUCAAAUUUCAAGUAACUUUCCCAUGCAAACCAAUCCAGGGAGAGGCCUUGGAAACUACCUUGGAAUCUUUCGGAGUUUUCACCCUCGUCCAAGGAAAAAGGACGUCAAGGCCAAUCACGGGGAUCGAACGAGAAAAACUAUCAAACCAAUUAUCAACUACAUCGGCAGCAAAGAUAUUUCUCACAGACUUGAGCCAUGUGAAAGGGCUCGAGCUUUUACAUAAAAGCGUUCCUCCCAGUGCAGACGCUCUACGAACUGUGAAAUCAGAGUCCAAAGGAAAAGUCAGACUGGCUUCUAAUGUUGUUGAAAAAUCACUACCAGACAAGCCACAACGCCAACGCCACAAUUUGCUGGAUCUUUUCGACCAGCAAUCAAUAAAAUUAUUUACGGACACAAUUUCACGAGAAUAUGUUAUUGUGGGAAUUGAUGCGACAGGAGGUAUUUUAAAGCCCCUCCCACGAGAUGCCCUAUAUCCUAGCAAUGAUCCUGCUGAAAAAACUCACAGGAACAAAAGGAACUCAUUGUUAUUGUACACUAUUGUGGCGCAAACGAAGCAGGGAAGCUUCAUUGUGGCUGACAGUGUUUUAAUGCGAGGUCAAUCCAAUGAUAUUGCGGGUCCUCUUACUAGCAUCAAGCGAGGUGUGAAAAAAUUACGCCCAUAUCAGACGAAGAGUGCCCCUGAUGUAAUAUGUACCGACUUUAAUUUCGCCAUGCUUCAUGCUGUGUCUGAGGGAUAUAACACAAUGAAACUAGAAGAAUAUUUGAAGAAAAGUUACGCCGUCCUCAAAAACGAGGACACGUUUGCGGGAGAUACGGCGUGCAUACAAUUGUGUGCAUCUCAUUUGACAAAGUCAUUUCUUGACAAUGUUCGCAAGAAACCCGUUGGACAUAAAUUUCGAAAUGAGAUCGUGGACGCGAGCGUGCGAGGGUUAGCCAAAUUACAAGAGGCGUCAACGCUAAACGACGUGGAAAUCGCCAUGAAGGAUAUAUGUACCCUAUUUGGGAAGGAGAAGAUGUCCCACGAAGAUGUCCAACACAAUCUCGCGCGAAUCAAGUCAAUUUCUCUUGAAGAAUGGGUGGAUGGGGACGUUAUAGUGGAUGACUAUGCAGGACCAGACGAGGAAGAAGAUGCAGAGUUGAACCCAUUUUACAAUCCUACUGUGCUGAACGUGUUUGAAAAGACAUACGCCCCAUACGUUGGAAUUUUCGCACGUGGAGUUGUGCAGCAAACCAAGAACGCCAACUUUGUCCGGGCAACGAAUGGAUCAUGUGAAUCAGAGUUUCGGCUAUUAAAGCAAAAUCUCAUCGUGGAACCGGAAAAUGUCGCCGACUUUGUUCGGCAUCGCUUUGAAAUUACAAAUGGUAAAAACAAAAAAUUUGUAUUCGACAAUCUACCAAAGAAACCAGCAAGCAAAGAAGCUAAGCUAGUUACAAAAACGCUGCAAAAUGACGACGAAAUCGAACGUGGAGAUAUUCCAAAGGGACUAAUUCAAGAAGAAGUUCAAGAAUGCAAGGAGACAUGGAGCAAAAGAAAAAAAGGCGAACGAAAAAAUAGAUAUUUACAUAAUAGGACUGAGCUUACCAAGCUUGACGAGGAAAAGGCAAGAGAGAAUGCAAGGGUUCAAAAGAUUGGGAGAGACAGGUCUUCUCAACCCCUUCAACAAGUUCUUACUCUGAACAAUCAAAAUAAUGUAGCACGAACUAUGGAUGGAUGUUUGGAGACUCGGCAAAGGCGUAAUAAAACAUCCGCGGAAGAAGAGGAGACUACCACAGCUAACCUGGAGUCAAAGUUCAGGAAAAUAGUCUCGGACAUUCUGACGGAUCAGCAAGGGAAUUCUGCCAAGCAAUCGCUGCGGAAGCAAGUUUUGGGUGAAGAAUUUGUCACCCAGGAGAAACAAUAUCAGCGAUAUAAGUAACUUGCAAAUACAUAAUAAUAUGGACGAUGAAUUUAAUUGUAAUUAUUGUACAGAAUCGUUGAGAAUCUUACUGAGGAUUCACUCAUGAUGGCUUACUCCAACAUUAAAGAAGACAUAAUGGAACUUUACGUGGCCAAUCGGGAUGAAUUUGUCGGCGGCUACAAAUGUGCUCGACAAAAGAUGUGGGUGGAACGAAAGCCAAACUUUUCUGGAAAUUUGCAGCAAAUGGUGGUAUCACAUCCAUUUACCACAAAAUCUUGCUCUAAGAUAUGUUCCACAGUUUCCUCCGAUAUCCAAAAGCUUAAAAACAUCUCUGCUCUAGGAUUUGAAGACAUUUUACAAGUAACAACCGUUCUGCUUCCCAAAACACUGGAGCUAAUUUACUCUGAUGUCUUGAAAACACCACUUCACCAAGCAAGAAAAGAGCUUUCCAACAUCUCGCCAUUUGACUAACUUGAUAAGCUUAUAAAUUUAAGUUAUACGAAUCUAUACUACAUGUUCAUUAUUGAGAAUCAAAGUAAAACUAAGGAAGAAGACAAAAGUAACUCUGAGUUUAUUUAUAUGGAUCCGAUGCAUCUGGAGGGUGCGGGACCAUACCAAAAGAUGACCAGGGGUGUGGUCGGUAAUACAUGCAAGCAUGGAGGCGGUAGUCUGAAAUCCCGCUGUAGGAAACGGCGACAAACCCAAAAUUAGCAAAAACUCCAAGUUAUGACUUUUACCGGCUUGGAUAUUUUGACCAGAGGGAUCUGGCGGGUGCGGGUCCGCAGUAAAUGAUGACCGGGGAUGCGGUCAAUAACAUAUGCAAGCAUGGAGGCGGUAGUUUGAAAUCCCGCUGUAGGAAACGGCGACAAAGUCAAAAUUAGCAAAAAGUCCAAGUCAUGACUUUUACCGGUUUGGUAAUUUUGACCAGAGGGAUCUGGCGGGUGCGGGUCCGCAGUAAUUGAUGCCAGGGGGUGUGGUCAGUAAUAUAUACAAGCAUGGAGGCGGUGGAUUGAAAUCCCGCUGUAGGAAUCUAUGCGGAUUAUUUUGUUAGUUUGUUAGUUAGUUUUCGGGAUUUCUUGAGUAUUUUAGAGUAAAAUUAACAUUUUGGGGUAUUAUGGUACGGCGAAGGGUUAGAGAAGUCGAUGUACAAGGUUUUUUGGAAGUGGCAUCUGCGGGUAGGCGGUAGGAAGGGAGGCGGCGGU